AUGGCUAAGAGCAAAUCUGCACCGGGCGUGCAGAACCGGCAUGUCUACAGCAGGGCUUCUUACCUGUAUCAAGCUGCAGCCUACCUUGCUUCGCAGGCUGGAGACCAUAAUCAACCAUCAGAAAAUGCGCCUACAACUGUUUCUGCCGGAAAACAAACCUCAAAUGCUAGCGACGUAGCAAAGGCAGUCCAAAAUACUUCUCGUCUUCUGCUGAAAGAUAUGAGAGAGGUGUCUUUAAAGGUCUUAAUCCGCCAGACUCCAGAACUAAAGCGCACCAUUUGCCGAUCUUGCGACACUCUUCUGCGAGAAGGCGAUACUUGCACAUCUAUAAUCGAAAACCUGAGCAAGCGCGGCGAGAAGUCUUGGGCAGAUAUUCUCGUCGUAUCCUGCCAUAUGUGCAAGGCUGUCAAGCGGUAUCCCUUGAACGCGAAAAGACCUGAGAGGAAGAAGCUGAGGCUAGUGGCUGGUAACCACGAAGACAACGGUCCUGGAGGCUGA